AUGACUGAGAAAGAGACCGUGAAGGAGCCGCAGCAGCUGGUAGAGGAGGAGGAGAAGAAGAAGACAGUAGUAGAUGACACAAUCCCAGUCACUGUAAAUGAAUUGACUAUUAAGCAUCCACUGCAGAAUCGAUGGGUGCUGUGGUAUGACAAUCCGAAGCGUCAUUCUACCGAGUCCUGGGAGGAAAAUCUCAAGAAUGUCUACACAUUUCAUACAGUGGAAGACUUUUGGUGUCUGUACAACAACAUUCUGUCGCCCACGAAGCUCUCGAUUGGCAGCAACUAUCACUUGUUUAAGGAGGGAAUUCGACCAAUGUGGGAAGAUCCAGCCAAUGCCAAGGGUGGCAAGUGGAUUUUCACCAACCCUCGCACGCGGAAAGCGAGACUGGAUGAGUGCUGGCUCUACGUGAUGCUUUCGCUGAUUGGCGAGACGCUGCAGGACGAAGAUGAUGUCUGCGGUGCUGUAGUUAGUGUGCGCAAGCCGCAAGACCGCAUUGCCAUCUGGAGCGCAACAGCUAAAGCUGAGGACCGUCAGAAGGCCAUUGGUCGGGGUUUCCGACAGGCACUCGUCGAUCUUGGUAAGAACGAGGUGCUCAAGUACCAGUCGCACGCCGACGCUGCGGCAAGCGGAUCCAGUUUUCAAAAUGAAGUGUACGUGGCAUUUUUUGGACGGGCAUUUUGUUUAGCAUUGAUGACACUGAUGUUUUUGUUUGUUUGUUGCAGAUUGUAUGAGGCGUAA